UGUAUUUGUUAAGUCGGGCGGAUACUGUUAAGAUGCAGUGACGUGUGCAACCCGUCAGUAAAGGUUUAAAUGCAUUUUGCAGGCAGGGUCUGCAAAGGACGCAUCACGCUCGGUGCUCAGCACCUGGAAUGCCCUGGGUCUGCGUGUCAGUGUCGCGCGCGGCGGUGCGUGUGGCGCGCGCCGCGCUCGCUCAGAGGCGGGCGGAAUGAGCGGCCGCUCGUGAGAUCCGCGGCGCUGAAGAGCGACGCUUUACCUUUAACGGCAGUCGGGCUCCGCUGCUCCCACACCUCGGUUUAACUCCGAGGGAGGAUACAUUGUGUUAACACCGGCGAAACGGGAACCAUUCGUCGGGGCGGGGGAACCUGGAAAACUUCGGUGUAUUUUAUUACGGCGUGCCUAAGUGACGAUGGCACCACUCCUCUGAGAGCACAUCAUUCCCACCUUGUCACCUGUCGCCUGUUGUCCUGUGACAGCCACGGGCUCUGAUGCCAAAACCCGGAGGCAGCAGGAGGAACUCAUGAGACCGGCCAUGUCCAGCGCUGCGGACGGGAUGGGCAGUCUGGGAGCUGAGCAGGCCCAUGUCGGCGUACCUGUCGCAGACCCUGGCGCCUGGGCUACGGCCAUGAGCAAUCUGGGCAUUGUGCCGAUGGGCGUGGCCGGGCAGCCCCUGGUGUCAGAUUCCAUCUGCAUCCAGAGCUUUGACCCCAGCAUGAGUAUUAUCGCCCCCAUCAACCCAAUGAUGGCGGGCAUCAGCCUGGUGCCACCCCCACCAGUCCCAGCCGAGAUGCCCGUUGUCAAGGAGAUAAUCCACUGUAAGAGCUGCACGCUCUUCCCACAGAACCCCAAUCUCCCCCCUCCGUCCACCAGGGAGCGCCCCCCAGGAUGCAAGACCGUGUUUGUCGGGGGGCUCCCCGAGAACGCCAGUGAGGAAAUCAUACGUGAGGUUUUCGAUCAGUGCGGCGAGAUCGUCGCCGUGCGCAAGAGCAAGAAAAAUUUCUGCCACAUUCGCUUUGCGGAGGAGUUCAUGGUGGACAAGGCCCUGUACCUGUCCGGGUACCGGAUGCGCAUUGGGUCCAGUACAGACAAGAAGGACUCGGGCCGCAUGCACGUGGAUUUUGCACAGGCCCGCGAUGACCUGUACGAGUGGGAGUGUAAGCAGAGACUGCUGGCUCGUGAGGAGCGCCACCGCCGUAGGGUACAGGAGGAGCGACUGCGGCCACCCUCGCCCCCUCCCAUAAUGCACUACUCAGAGCACGAAGCGGCCCUGCUGGCUGAGAAGCUGAAAGAUGACAACAAGUUCAGCGAGGCCUCCACGGUGUUGCUGACCUGGAUUGAACGCGGCGAGGUCAGCCGCCGCUCGGCCAACCAGUUCUACUCCAUGAUCCAGUCUGCGAACAGCCACGUGCGCCGGCUGCUGGGCGAGAAGGCGCAGCGCGAGGAGGAGAUGGAGGCGGCACGCGAGCGAUUCAGGAGCGCCCUGCUCUCCAUCCUGGCGCAAUUUGAGCAGAUCGCGGCCGUUUUCACCGCUGCUACCAGGCAAAAGGCAUGGGACCAUUUCUCAAAAGCACAGCGCAAGAACAUAGACAUUUGGCGCAAGCAGUGCGAGGAGCUGCGGAAUGCCCACAGUGAAGAGAUCAUGGGCAUUCGCAGGGAAGAGGAGAUGGAGAUGUCGGACGAUGACUCAGACGAAAACCUCAGCAAGAAAAUGCGGCUGGAUGAUUCAGCCCUGGGUACACAGGUCUGUGCCCUGCGGGAAGAGAACGACAGCCUUCGCUGGCAACUGGACGCCUACAGAAAUGAGGUAGAGCUGCUAAAACAGGAGCAAGGCAAGACGCAGCGUGCGGAGGAUGGUUCCGUUAACGAGCAGCAGCUGCCGUUCCUGCAGCAGAGCAUGCUGGGAAUGCAGCAGCAGCUGCGUAGUCUCCAGGAGGAGCUGAGGAACAAGGAAAGGGAUCUGGAGUGGGCCAGGGAGGAGCAGCGCUGUGUGGAAGGGGAGCUCCGGGCCCUGAGGGAAAAGCUGCAGAAGAAUGUGGAUACCGUGGAGGUGAACCACAUGGAGAUGUCAGAGAAGCGCCUGAAUGGAUACACAGGGAGCCUCCAUUCUGGCCAGGACAGAAGCAGCCAGCUGACAGCACGGGGCCCUGCCGUUUCUGAGAAGGAGGCGCUGUUGCUCGGGAUCAUCUCCACCUUCCUCCACGUCCACCCUUUCGGAGCCAAUAUCGAGUAUCUGUGGUCGUACGUCCAGAGGCUAGACGCUAAGGUUUCGGCAGGGGAGCUGGAGGGUCUCAUGACGCGCCUGCCGCGGAUGUUCAAGCAGGAGUUCAGUGGCGUCGGCGCCACGCUGGAGAAGCGCUGGAAGUUCUGCGGCUUCGACGGCAUCCACUCCGUGUGAUGUGGCUGGUGGUUUCCACGGAAACCGGGGUAGGGAAGGGGGGGAGGGAGGGUUGGUUGUGGGAAAAGGCCUUUAGCCACAAUCCUCCAGAGAGGAAGCUCAACCACAUGAGAAAAUGGUCUGGCUGCCAUCAUUUUUUCUGAAGACACUUAUCAUGGCAAGGAAAGGAAGUGCACAGUAACCAUUGUGUGUGUUUUUUUACUUGAAGUGGAUGAACCCAGACCUCUUGACUGACUGCAUAACAUUAAUUGUCCACUCUGGCUUUCUGAGAGUUCAUCCUUAAGUAUGAACUUAAGCAACAUUUAAUACAGGCAAGAUUUAUACUGAUAAAGGGCAUGUUUAUGCCCCUUGCACCAUAAAAUAUAACAAAUAUAUCUUUAAGAGAGAUGUUUACUGAAUGAGAGUUAUUUUUCCACCAGAUCAGUUUGUCAACAACACAUAAAUACUGGAUUUAUCAGCUAAAAAUACAUGUUUAUACUGAAUGUAUGAAUGAAAACCUUUGUUGUUGUCGUCUGUGUCCUGUGGUAAAAUCUGUAUUCUGAGCACAUCAUUGUUAAGUGUGGUUAUCUACUUGUGUAAAUUAUUUUUUAUCAAAUAAAGACUUUUAUCUACUGUAAAA